GUUGCGGCGUUCGUGGAGAACUCCAGCUAUCCCGUCUACGACCGAAAGGCUCGAUGUGGGGUGUGGCGCACGGUUCUUGCGCGUGUCAAUCCCAAGGGAGACAUGCUUGUGAUGGUGCAAACGACGACCAUGAAGGAGGAGGACCGCUCAGCCUUUGUGGACCCCUUCGUCACCGAACUGGCGGCCAGUGGUCUUGGCAUCUGCUCCAUUUAUCACCUGUACAAUGACGAGGUGACGGAUGCGCCGAGGCCCAAUGCUCUGGUCACCCCGCUGCAUGGGAAGCCGAGGCUGGAGAUGCCGAUGCUGGAGCUGAAGUUGGAGAUCGGACCACUGUCCUUCUUCAAUCCGAAUACCACCACCUGUCGCUUUCUCAUGGAGACGGCGAUCAGGUACUUGAAGCUGCGAAAGAGCGAUAUUCUGCUGGACAUUUUCUGCGGCAUUGGCACAAUCGGCCUUUGCGCUGCCGGCUACUGCGCCAAGGUGAUUGGCGUUGACAUCGUGGAAGAGAACAUCGAGGAUGCUCGUCGAAACGCGCAGCAGAACUCGAUCCUCAACACAGAGUUUAUUGUCGGGAAGGCGGAAGAAGUCGUGCCGAAGAUCCUGGGUGACAUGGACACCUCGCUUGAGGUGAUUGCCGUGGUGGAUCCAUCCAGGGCAGGCUCUGUGAUUUCAGAACUUUAG